AUGGCUCUUCUACACCUUGCCUCGCGGCGUCUGCCCGCUGCCAGGAAGCUGGUUCCUGAAAUCAACUCCGUGCUCCGGCCUCGGUUCACCGCAGUGCCCGUGCGGUCCUUGAGCGCGACAGCUGCUCCCCAAGCAAAGGAUGAAAGCUCCUUGCCCAACCCCGAUCCCACCGCCGAUUCCGCUUCCUCCUCCUUCAUCAAUGCUCAAACCCCGUUCAUGGUCCCCACCUACGUCCGGCCACCUCCGGUGAUGGUCAAGGGUCAGGGCAGCUAUCUCUGGGAUAUGGAGAACAGAAAGUACCUUGAUAUGACGUCUGGUAUUGCUGUCAACUCUCUUGGUCACUGUGACCCUGAGAUCGCAAAGAUCAUCGCCGAACAGUCUGAAAUCCUCAUCCACGCCUCGAACCUGUACUACAAUGCUUGGACCGGAGCCCUGAGCAAGCUCUUGAUCGAGGUCACCCGCGAGUCCGGUGCCAUGCGUGACGCUUCCCAGGUGUUCAUCGCCAACUCCGGUACCGAGGCCAACGAGGCUGCCAUCAAGUUCGCCCGCAAGGUCGGUCGCUCGCGCGACCCCUCGGGCGCCAAGCACGAGCUCGUCUCCUUCCACAACUCCUUCCACGGCCGCACGAUGGGUGCCUUGUCCGCGACCCCCAACCCCAAGUACCAGACCCCCUUCUCGCCCAUGCUGCCGGGCUUCAAGUACGGAAACUACAACGACGUGGAGCAGCUCCAGACUCUCAUCACCGACAAGACCUGCGGUGUGAUCGUCGAGCCCAUCCAGGGUGAGGGCGGUGUCAACGUUGCCACCCCCGAGUUCCUGGUUGCUCUGCGCAAGCGUUGCGACGAGGUGGGCGCCGUCCUGAUCUUCGACGAGAUCCAGUGCGGUCUGUCCCGAACGGGCAGCCUCUGGGCGCACGGCCACCCUUCGCUGGCGCCCGCCUCCGGCGAGGCCGCUCACCCCGACAUCCUGACCACCGCGAAGGCGCUGGGCAACGGCUUCCCCAUCGGGGCCACCAUCAUCGCCGAGAAGACGGUUGCGUCGCACAUCAAGCCGGGCGACCACGGAACCACCUUCGGUGGUAACCCCCUGGCCUGCCGCGUCGCCCACCACAUCGUCAGGCGGUUGGCUUCGCCCGAGCUGCAGAAGCAGGUCGAGGACAAGUCGGCCGUGCUGCAGGCCGGCUUUGCUGCCCUCAAGCAGAAGCACCCGAACGUCAUCUCGCAGGUCCGCGGUCGCGGUCUGAUCCUGGGUGUGCAACUCACCCCCGAGUUCGGCGCCAAGGCUGGAGACUUGGUGGCGGCUGCUCGCGAGCGUGGCAUGCUGAUCAUCACCGCCGGUGAGGGCUGCAUCCGGUUCGUGCCUUCGUUGACGAUCACCGAGGAGCAGCUCAAGACGGGCCUGAAGAUCUUCGAGCAGGCCUUGGAGGCUGUGAUUGCCUAG